GUUCAACGGCCGGAACAGAGGAGUGAAAUUGGUUGGCGAACGGUGACAAGCUUCUAUCAUAGACGAGAAAAAAUUUGAAACAAAGUUGCAAUUCCAUUACCUGCAACAAAGCGCAAGCUUAUGGGCGCGAAAGCGUCAAAACGUACGAAGGCGCCGUAUGCUGGAGUGCAAGCAGAGGCACCCGCAGUGGCUGUCGGCGACCACUUAACCAUGGAGUCUGUUCCGGAGGAGAAUGUGGAUCCCAGCACAAGUCAAGAGGCAGAUGUGCUGGAACUGACAGCACAAAGAGGGAAACAGACAAUAGAAUCGGUGACAAUCGACGGGAGUUACACUAUCGUAUCAGCUACUAUGGCAGGUGCGCGGGAGCUGACAACACGCGUAAUAAGAGGGAAACAGGGCAUUGAAUCGGCCGUAAUGGACGGCAGUGACGAUCUAGCUGCAUGGACUGAGGCAGGUGCACUGGAACUGGCUGCACAAACUACCAGAGGAAGACAUGUGAUACAAUCGUGCAUAGAUGUCGGAAGAGCCGACUUUUCUGCACAAGUGAACGUUGCCAAAAGGGAAAUCAGAGAAUUAAAGACAAAGAAGGAUGACGAGCAUUACUAUUUAAAAUGUAAAGACUUUCAUGAAAGGUUAAUACAGUUCUAUACGAAACGUAAGAAUACUGUGUCAGUUUCACCACUAAAGGAAGGGCGUGACAAACCCAUAUGGGAUGUCUUUGUGCAACCAAAAUUGAGCCAUGUUACAAUAGAAAAUGAUGGAUCUAGAAAGAAAACGGAAAACGUUGUUUAUCAAUACAAAGACUUAUUUUACAGAGAUGAAAAGCGCAAUAGUCGUGUAUUUGUUCAAGGAGAACCCGGCAUGGGGAAGACAACAUUCCUUACUAAACUGGCGCUUGACUGGUGUGAUGCAGUGUCUGUGCACAAUCCUGAUCACAAGGCUACAUUUCGUGACGUCGAUACAUUGAAGGAGUUUCGGUUUCUCUUUCAAAUAUCACUAAGAGAUGCAGUAGACCAGCGUGAGGUUAUAGAGAUGAUCAAAACACAAAUAAUCGACAUGAUUUACACCGGUGACAAGCGUGAAGAGACCGUUAAGCUUUUGCCUCAAAUCUUGGAACGUGAGACAUGCAUCAUAACUUUGGAUGGGCUUAAUGAAUGGGUUGAUCGUUUGAAUAAAUGCAUUACACCUUUGAUGGCAGAGUGUCUUACAAAUUGUGUAUCUGUAAUAACAACACGGCCAUGGAAAAUGGUGGAUGAGCGAAUUAAAGAUUCCGAUAUUAAUACUUUAAUUGAAAUUGAAGGAAUAAUUGAUGCAGAAGAGCUAGCAAAGAAAAUAACACACAGUCUUCAGACUGGUAAUGUGAAGACACACACUGGUUUCAUUACGUGCGUUAAAGAACGUCAAUUGAGGCAUUUUCUUGCGUCACCCUGGCGGCUUACUCUUUUGGUCAAUUUGUGGAUGAACUAUGAUGUGACUGGUUCAUUGUGUGAAAUCAAUUGUAUUCUCCUAGACAUACUCUUUAAGAAUGCAAAUGCAAGUAAGGGAUAUUUUCAAAACGGAACUUCAUUUCAGUGUUUAGCGAAUACACGUUUUAUAAAGCAUCAGAUUGAUAUUUUUGAUGCGCUUGCAAACGCUGCGUUUAGCUUAACAUUUUCGUCGAACAAAUGCGUCGUGUUCACCGAACGGGAAUUAUUGAACUAUAUGACAGAAGUUCAGUUGGAUUUUUGCCUCCGUGCUGGUGUAUUAACGAAAAGAUACAGCUCCACAAUAGCACAUCACGAUGCACAUUAUUCAUUUGUACACGAGACAGUUCAGGAGUUCCUGGCUGCAUAUCACAUUGCAAAUUCAAAUCAAGACGUAAUAGAACGUUUCCAAACAGACCUAAAGUAUAAUGUGUUAGAAAUGAGCGAGACAAUUAUUUAUCUGUGUGGGUUAGAGAGUAAGAAAGCUAAUACGCUGAUAAACCGUCUUGCUGACGUAAAGUUCCUUAACGACAUAAACCACGGACUGAGCCGUUACGUACACGGAUUUCUGGGUCAGAAAGAAAUACUGGCUUUUCAGACAGACAAUAACACAGAGAGAAACGUUUUAAAAUCAGAAAUGAACUCAAUGGAUUAUGACAAACGUUGCCUUGCACUAUCGGUCUUAUUUCAGCGCAUGACAAUCGCUGGGUACAUAGAAGCUAAGGCUAGCGGUGAGAAAGAAAUUUUCUUAAAUUGUACGGACUUUACAUUUAAUGCAAAUCUUAAUGAAUCCGAUUCAAAUGCAUUAAAGAUGCUUUUAUUGUCCAAUAAAUCAGAUGUUCGGUCACUUAUUUUAGAAAGUAAUGUUCUGCAAACAAACGAAAUACUGACAGUCAUGCAACAUUCCAAACAUAGUCUUGAACGUGUAAUGAUGACAGUGACACCGGAAAUAAAUAAAGCAUUAUAUCAUACGAGCAUACAGGAGGUACGUUAUAUAGGGAAAUUUGACGUAUCAUUUGUCUUUGUAUUUCCGCCUCUAUCUAAAUUAACGUUUUUAAGAAUAGAUGAUUCCACCUUUUCGGAAGACAUAGUUCUUCCUGAUGCAAUACAACACAUUUCAUUUGUCAACUGUACAUGCACUGCUGUGUUCCUACGACGGUUACUAGUGCGCUUAUCGGCACUAAAACACGAUGUUCAAUUCGAUUUGGAUACUGUGAGUGUAACCGAAUGCAACACGCACAUAUUUAAGCAGGAAUUAUUGUCCAGUGAUAUGAAAAAUGUCAUCCUAGCCGUGACAGAUGGAAAUAUUGAUCUUGAUCAUUUAAUACGAUGUUCAUCUAUAGGGAAACUAUACCUUGACAAUGCUGCUUGUGCCUCAUUAGCUUCAGAGAUUCUUCAAACGCUCUACAAGCUAACAACGCUCUAUUUGUGGGGGACCUAUACGGGUCGAUGUGAUCUCAAACUGCCCGCUUCAUUGCAGUGUAUUAGUCUGCAGAAAGGCGAAUGUUCACCUGAGUGGCUGUGCAGCUUGUUGAUCACGCUCUCUUCAUUAGAUCAUCCUGUCGAGUGUGAGCUGUGGGAUGUCGUAUUGCAAUCUAGUGGAGACACCCUUGGAGACGAAUUAAAUACACAUGUAUCGGACUUUCGAUCUGAAAUACUGUCAAAUGACAUGUCUAAUAUCGAGAUACUGGUGGAAAAUGGCAGUAAAGAACUGUUUGAAAUAUUACGUGAUACAAGUAUAGGGAUCCUAGAUCUCAGAACGGCUGAUAGUGCCUCAUUAGCAUCUAAGAUUCUUCACACGCUCAACAAGCUAACAAAGCUCUAUUUGCGGGGGACCUAUACGGGUCUGCAGAAAGUCGAAUGUUCACCUGAGUGGUUGUACAGCUUGUUGAUCACGCUCUCUUCAUUAGAUCAUCCUGUCCAGUGUGAGCUGCGGGAUGUCGUAUUGCAGUCUAGUGGAGACACCCUUGAAGACGAAUUACGUACAUGUGUAUCGGACUUGCGAUCUGAGGUACUCUCACAUGACAUGUCAAAUGUCAAGAUAAUUGUGCAAAAUUGCAGCAAAGAAUUGCUUGAAAUAUUACGUGAUACAAGUAUUGGAAGUCUAAAGGUUAUCACUGAUAUAUCUUAGCUGGAAACCGUUACGCGAACAAAGUUGAACAUGAUAAAGCGGAUUUAUAUAGAGGGAAAUUGUUUGACAAGAUUUGAUCAUGACUUUCCUCAAUCCCUAGAGUUGCUGUACUUGACAAAGGGCAACUUUUCACUGGAAUGGCUGUACAGUGUCUUAAUCAGAUUGUCUCAAGUAAACCAUCACGUGCAGUUAGACGUGGAAAGCUUGUUGAUAUCGAGUUAUGAAACCUGUCCACCUAGUUCAAAAGCACACGUAAUUCAAUGUGAAUAUUCGAAUAAUGUAAUAGAUGAUAGUUCAAAUACAAACCUGUCUGAUUUUCGGUCAGAAAUGUUGACAUCUGACAUGUAAAAUAUUAAACUAUGCAUACUUAAUUUCCAUCAGGAGCGGUUUGACAUGUUGCAAGAUACGAAUAUAAGAAGCGUGCAGCUCACGGCUUUGGACGAUGCUUCACUUACAUUUGUGACAAAAAACACGUUUCCCGCGUUUAAAGAAAUUCGGUUACAAGGAACUUACUUGUCUGAUUUUAAUCACAAAUUACCACCGACUCUUCAAUUGCUGAUUUUAGAAAAAGGAACCUGUUCAUCAGAUUGGCUGUACAGUUUGUUGAUACAACUUUCAACGUUACGUCAUUCAGUGCGCGUGUACUUAGCUCAAUACGGCGUUUUUCAGAGGCGAGAGUCAUGUGAAAAACACCCCGAGCCGCCCAUGCGAGGUGCAGAUUUGUUUAACGUUAAGUUGGAGGUACGGAAGGAUUGUCUUGGGUUAUAUGAAACUCUUACCACAAUGCAUAUCACCAGUCUGAACAUGACGCAAAUAAAACACGCCGACAUGCUGUCACAGACACUUCCUCUCACCCACUUGCAGAAGUUAAGGAUUUGUUUGAAAAAGUAUUAUAUGGAUAUGAAACUGCCAGAAUCUAUUAAGUAUGUGCUUAUAAUCUGUAAACAUUUUCUCCGUAAUCCCUUAUACAUUUUGUACAGAAUUUGUCUACUACAGAACAUAUUGUACAGUGUAAACUUGUGUUUCGUGUUGAAGAGUGUGAAGACGAAUAUACCAGGAUCAAGCAAGAAUAUUGUGAAUCGAAAUCAUUAGAUGUUCAACAGUUUGAACUGAUAAACAAACAGGGUAAGGUUCGUGGCGCUGCUGCUCUUACACUUUCCGCUACUGCUGAUGAUGGCGAUGACGACGCCGAUAAACAUUUACUCCGACGGGAGGGAGAAAACGUUGAUUCGAAACUAUGGAUUCACUAUUGUAAAAUUCGACUGAACAUAAUUCUGAUGGUGAAUCUUAAACUACUGCAUCUUCAAAUUAUGUAUAUAUAUGUUCAUUACCGGUAACAAACAAUAAGAUGACCUUGAUAAUAACUUGUGAUUUUCUUAAAUGACACGUAUUUGCAUCGUGAAUUCAAACCAUGGUCAUCAUCACGGAUACAAUAGGUCACCGGUCCCCAAGUUAGCAGCCCUUAUAAUGAUAGCAAUCAAUAGCCGGGUUACCAAGUAAGCAGUGCAAACAAUGGUCUUUAUCGCGGGAUACCAAGUUAGCACCGCAAAGAAUCGUCGUCAUCGCAGGAUAGAAAGUCAGCAGCUCAAACAAUCGUGGGCACAUCGCGGGAUUCCAAGUCAGAAGCGCAAAGAAUCGCCGUCAUCGCGGGAUUCCAAGUCAGAAGCGCAAACAAUCGUCGUCAUCGCGGGAUAGCAAGUUAGCAGCUCAAACAAUCGUCGUCAUCGCGGGAUUGCAAGUCAGAAGCACAAACAAUCGGCCUAAUCGCAAAUUACCAGGUCAGCAGCGCAAGCAAUCGUCGUCAUCGCGGGAUAGCAAGUCAGCAGCGCAAACAAUCGUCGUCAUCGCAGGAUAGCAAGUCAGCAGCUCAAACCAUCGUUGUCAACGCGGGAUACCAAGUCAGCCGCGCAAAAAAUCGUCGUAAUCGCGGGAUUCCAAGUCAGCAGCACAAACAAUCGUCGUCAUCGCGGAAUAGCAAGUCAGAAGCGCAAACAAUCGACGUCAUCGCGGGAUUCUAAGUCAGCAGCGCAAACAAUCGUCGUCAUCGCGGAAUACCAAGUCAGCAACGCAAACGAUCAUCGUAGGAUUCAAGUCAGAAGCGCAAACAAUCGACGUCAUCGCGGGAUUCGAAGACAGAAGCGCAAACAAUCGUCGCCAUCGCGGGAUACCAAGUCAGCAGCGCAAACAAUCGUCGUAAUCGCGGGAUUUUAAGUCAGAGGCGCAAAAAAUCGUCGUCAUCGCGGGUUUCCAAGUCAGAAGCGCAAACAAUCGUCGUCAUCGUGAGAUUUUAAGUCAAAAGCGCAAACAAUCGUCGUCAUCGCCGGAUUCCAAGUCAGCAGCGCAAACAAUCGUCGCCAUCGCGGGAUUCCAAGUCAGAAACGCAAAAAAUCGUCGUCAUCGCGGAAUUCCAAGUCAAAAGCGCAAACAAUCGUCGUCAUUGCAGGAUUCGAAGUCAGAAGCGCGAAAAAUCGUCGUCAUCGCGGGAUUCCAAGUCAGAAGCGCAAAAAAUCGUCGUCAUCGCGGGUUUCCAAGUCAGAAGCGCAAACAAUCGUCGUCAUCGUGAGAUUUCAAUUCAAAAGCGCAAAUAAUCGUCAUCAUCGCCGGAUUCCAAGUCAGCAGCGCAAACAAUCGCCGUCAUCGCGGGAUUCCAAGUCUGAAUUGAAAAAAAUCGUCGUCAUCGCGGAAUUCCGAGUCAAAAGCGCAAGCAAUCGUCGUCAUUGCGGGAUUCCAAGUCAACAAAAUGACGUCAUUUCACAGUAAAACAGUGAACAUUAUCGAUAAUUUUCACCGUUAUUUUUUACUGAUUGAAACAGUGAAAUAUGAGUUAUAACUUACUAUUUGGUUUCCUGGGUUUUGAUUGACGCUUAUGGUAUUGUUGUAAAAUACUAUGUUUUAUAAUGUUACUUUGCAUCACUGCACAUAAUCUUUGACAAUAUGUGUAUACAACGAUUAACUUUAGCCAUGUAUAUAACUGUAAAUAAGAGGUUUUUAUUUUGACGUCUCUAUUAAGGAUUGCUUUACAUGCAUUCCAUUGUAUCGUGUUUGUAAUUUUAAAUGGUUUCUGACUAAUGUGGGUUUUUUUAAUUUCCAUUAUAAUUGUUAUCUGUAAAUGCAAAGGUGCAUUUAGUAGUAUUUUCUACUUUGCUGUUCAUUUAAAAUAACAAUACAAAUAAAGUGUUAAGUGGGUGUAUAAGUGUAUAUAGAGGGUGUAUAAAGGAUGUAAAUUCCUUAUUCAAAUGAAGUUUGUAUCGCAAAUAUAUGUUGUAUUAUCUGUAUGUAACUCACUGAAAUGAAAUAGUUCUUAUGUUUCAAAUUGAAGAGAUAAUCUUAAACCUUGUAAAUAUGGUGAAUAACAUGCUCAUAUAAUGUAAAUUCAUUCAAACUUAAAUAAUGUUGUGCAUACAUAUGUAUUACCUGUAUGCAUUCACAUUCAUUACAUUUUUUAAUUAAAACGUUACUGUUGUAGGUCGAUUAAAGGGAUCUUUUCACGGUUUGGUAAAUUGACAAAAUUGAAAAAAAAAAGUUUCAGUUUCGCAAAUUUUCGUUUUAGUUAUGAUAAUUGUGAGGAAAUAGUAUUACUGAACAUUUACCAUAGUCUAAUAUAGCCAUUAUAUGCAUCUUUUGACGAUUUAUAAACCUAAAAAUUAUAAAGCGUUGCAACGCGAAACGAUUUAAUAAUUUGGAGAGUUCUGUUGUUGUCGUUUAAAUUAACGAAACUACGAAGAUCGCUUAUAUAAGAUAUAAAAUACGUCCUGCAUGAACACUCGGCAGAAUAGCCGAGAGGGUUAGUGCGUUUUUACUCCAGGACUCCGGUGGUCACUGGUUCGAGCCCCGGUGCGCGAUACAUUUUUUUCCUUUUUUUUAAAUUUUAUUCUUGAUUUUUCACUGGAGCUUUUAAGAUUCAAUGUUUACAUUUAUCAAAAUAAAGCAUUUAAUGACUAACUUCAAAAUAUGCCAAAAGCUGUGAAAAGGUCCCUUUAAUGCGAACAAAAGGAUCAAGUCAAGUUUUUGAAAACGUUUCUGAAUAAUGAACUUACUCCGACGAUUAAUGCAACUGUGGGUCAAUUCAAGUGUGUAGAAAUUGAUCUGAAUACUGUUCACUUGCACUUACCCCGAAUAAUGCCAACUUGAAACUUGUAUAAGUACUUGAAAUGCCCAAACCAAUAUAUAACCGUUACAAAACAGUACUGAAAGUAAAUAUAUAGGUAACGCGUUAUGAGGUAAAUGAUGCAUCGUGUUCAAUACACGUAUUUUAAGGUUCAUGUCCAUUUUAAAAGCGAUUUUUAUUGGACACGUAAUUAAGUUUUAUAAACAUUUACGUUAAAGAUGACUUCAUUGAUGAUCGCGGGGGACUGAACUUCAUGACAAAAUUGGCGAAAUACAGAAGAAAAUUAGUUCCCCUGCAUGAGCUUUUUUAGAAUUGACAUGUAUAUAAUCGUGUUUCGAAACGAAAAACAUUUUCAAUCAGAGUUUGUUGUCGACUAACAAACGGUUAGUAAUCUAGAUGCAUUUUAUGAAAACAAACACUUGUUCUUCGCCAUUAUGAUUUAAUUCAUAUGCAUAUACUUUUUUUCUUAUUUAUCGGAACGUUAGGUAGACAUAAUUAGACGUGUUUAAAUGCGUGUUAUCAUUUUAAAAUAUUAUAAACAAUGCUACAGAAUUUCGCGCACUUUGUACAGAUAAAAAUGUGAUAAAUAUCUAAAUUCACCUACUUCCGUUUGCCUCAAUUAUUGGCGUCGCACUGCAGUGCGGCGACUAGUAUGGAAUACGUUUUUUUUCGCUUAGGGGAGGAGAAGUUGUUUUACCGAUCAAUGUAUAUAUUUUUGUUGUCAGAAUAUCUUGCAUAGUGGUGAUUUUUUGUGUAAAUUAGUGUAAAUACGUACUGCAUUUGUGCCUAUUACAUUUACUACAACAUUUAUUGCCAAUAAUGCAAAGCUAAUUGUUUUAAUUAAUAACUGAUCACAGGGACUAGGCAAUAAUAAAAGAUAACAGGGACUGGGCAAAUACGCGAACCGGUGAAACUUUCUGGUUUUGUAUAAAAACAAAACUUCUUUGUUCCACUAUCCUAGCAACCAGCAAGUUACUAAUAAAGGCGCUAUAGAGCACGAAGCGCGACACGUAUUGUUAAUUGUAAUAAUGAGUCUUGAUAAAGAAAGCAUCCGCUUAUCAAUGAGGAGCACCAUCACAGCACCCCAAUCUCAUUACUAUCAAGUCCUACUACAGGUUGUUUUUUUUAAGAACCACAUAUAGACGGCCGCAGGCCUGACCCGUAUCUUGCCAGUGGUAUGGACCCUUUGGUAUGGACCUUUAACCCCGCUCACUAUCCAGCGUUUAAACUUCCGGGUUUACAUUUAAACAGACGAUUACUAGCUUAUUAAUAUCUUAGUUAGAAGGUGAUUUUUCAAGCGGUUCCGUAGUGUAGUGGUUACACGCUCGCUUCACAUGUGAGAGGCCUAAGGUUCGAGCCCCAGUAGAAUCAAAUUAUUUUAUUUGUGUUCUAUGUUAACUUUUUGUUUUGAUGUAGACAUUUUAGUUUAAAUAAAUAUGCUGUUUUAUUAUAA